UUCCGUCUUCUUCCCCCUGCGGAUACAGAGAAAUGACCGCGACUCUGCGCCCAUACCUGAACGCCGUGCGUGCCACGCUGCAGGCGGCCCUUUGUCUGGAGAACUUCUCUUCCCAGGUGGUGGAGCGCCACAACAAGCCAGAGGUGGAGGUCCGGAGCAGUAAGGAGCUGUUGCUGCAGCCUGUGAUCAUCAGCCGCAAUGACAAGGAAAAGGUCCUGAUUGAGGGCUCCAUCAACUCGGUCCGGGUCAGCAUUGCUGUCAAGCAGGCAGAUGAGAUCGAGAAGAUCCUGUGCCACAAAUUCAUGCGUUUCAUGAUGAUGAGAGCGGAGAACUUCUUCAUCCUGAGAAGAAAACCUGUGGAGGGCUAUGACAUCAGCUUCCUCAUCACCAACUUCCACACGGAGCAAAUGUACAAGCACAAGCUGGUAGACUUUGUCAUCCACUUCAUGGAGGAGAUUGACAAGGAGAUCAGCGAGAUGAAGCUGUCAGUCAACGCACGUGCCCGUAUCGUCGCUGAAGAGUUCCUCAAGAAUUUUUGAAAAAAAUACCCCACCAUUCCUCAUGCUGAUCACUUGACAGGGCCAUCACCAUGGUUUCCAGGAUGGCAGGGACAGUCUUAAUGGCCAAACAAAGAGGAUGGAGGAGGAGCUUAUGAGUGAACAGCCAAUCAGUAAGGAGAACCACAGAAAAGAGCUCAAUCUGACAAAGGAGUGUGGCCCUCAUUACGUUUCCCUGUCCUUUUGAAUAUUGAUGUUUGUACAUAAUGAAUAAUCUCAGCCUCCUUUCUGCCUUUCAGAACAAAACAAUAUCAGGGCGGGUCCUUAUAGCUAAACCCCAAUUAAUAUUCAUCAGAACAGGGAAAUGUUGAAUAUUUUGUUCUAGCAAUCGAAAAACCUUGUUUUGUUUGUUUUUUUAUAUACAUAUAUAUCUUUUUUGUUUUUUGUUACAACAGACUUAAACCUCAAACUGUUUCUUCAGAACAUCAUGAAGAACAGUGGGUACGCUUGUAUUUUGACACACAAACAGACCUUAUGAGUGGUAAUGGAAUCAAUAAUAAUGGUGAUGAGGACAAUAAAUCCCAUU